CAAUGCCUGCCAAAAAGAGAACUGUGAGAAUUGGUAAUUGGUACAAGAGUGAUGAUGAGAAAGUCCAUUUCGUCAGAAAGAGAAAAGUAUUGUGAAAUAAAAUCAAAAAAGGCUCCAAGACCAGCUUAAUUAAGAAAGAUUGUCCCUGGAUAAGUCUUAAUCUUGUUAUCUGGAAGAUUCUAAGGAAAGAGAGUUGUCUUCUUGAAGUAGCUCAAAUCUGGAUUGUUGCUUGUAACAGGUCCAUUCAAAAUUAAUGGUGUCCCACUUAAGAGAGUCAACUCUGCUUAUGUUAUCCCAACAUCCACUAAAGUUGAUGUGACUGGAGUUAAUGCCAACUAAAUUGAUGAUGAUUAUUUCAAGAGAACUUAAGCUUAAAGACGUAAGAAUGAAUAAGGAUUUUGGGCUAAGAGAGGAGAAGUAAUUAAAUAUCCAUAUAUAUAAUUAGUUAACAGCUGAAUAAUAAACAGCAGAAAAAACAAGAUUAGAUGGAAAGAGAAAUACAUAAAAAUCAGUUGAUGCUGCAUUGAUCACUGCAAUUAAGAAAACAUAAUUAUUGAAAUAAUAUCUUGGUGCUCGUUUCACCAUUGGAAAAACAACAAGACCUCAUGAGUUAGUCUUUUGAUC